CAUCCGGUGACGUUGUAUAGAAAAUCUAUUUAUAAAGGCGGAGCUGCGCUCGUCUCUCUGUAAAGAUUGCUAAACGGUAGUUGAGGACACAGGAAAAGAUGGCGUCAACGAGCCGUGGCGAUUCACUUCCUAAGGUGCAAUGUCCAAAUCACCCAGAGGCUAUUUUGGUGGAAGAUUAUAGAGCCGGUGACAUGAUUUGUCCAGAUUGUGGACUGGUAGUUGGUGACCGAGUAAUUGAUGUUGGAUCAGAGUGGAGAACGUUCAGCAAUGACAAAGCAACAAAAGACCCAUCACGUGUUGGUGAUGCCCAGAAUCCCCUCUUAAAUGGUGGUGAUUUGACAACUAUGAUUAGUAAGGGAACUGGUGCAGCAAGUUUUGAUGAAUUUGGCAAUUCAAAGUAUCAAAACCGAAGAACAAUGAGCAGUUCAGACAGAGCAAUGCUGAAUGCAUUUAAAGAAAUCACAACCAUGUCAGACAGAAUAAACCUUCCCAGAAAUAUCAUAGAUCGUACAAAUAACUUGUUUAAGCAAGUGUAUGAACAGAAGAGUCUAAAGGGAAGAAGUAAUGAUGCCAUUGCUUCUGCUUGUCUUUAUAUUGCUUGUAGACAAGAAGGUGUUCCUCGAACGUUUAAAGAAAUUUGUGCAGUUUCCAGGAUUUCAAAAAAAGAAAUCGGCAGAUGUUUCAAGUUGAUCCUGAAGGCCUUGGAGACCAGUGUAGAUUUAAUUACAACUGGAGACUUCAUGUCUCGAUUCUGCUCAAACCUGGGGUUGCCCAAACAGGUUCAAAUGGCUGCUACGUUCAUUGCAAGAAAAGCUGUGGAGUUGGACCUUGUCCCUGGAAGGAGUCCUAUUUCCGUGGCAGCCGCUGCUAUUUACAUGGCAUCACAAGCGUCUUCAGAGAAGAAGACGCAGAAAGAAAUCGGUGAUAUUGCAGGAGUAGCGGAUGUGACCAUCAGACAGUCCUACAGGCUCAUCUAUCCUCGUGCUGCAGAUCUCUUUCCACCCGAUUUCAAAUUUGACACACCUGUUGACAAACUACCACAGCUGUAAAUGUAGUGUGGCCAUGAGUUCAGCUUUGAUACACUUUGAGCGUUUUUGGAUAAUGAUGUGAACAUUUAGAGAAAUUGGAAAAAUUACAGGACAUUCCAAAGGUGAUUAAGGACAAUUUGUACUUGCUUAUUAUUUCAUUUGUGUAUAUAUAUACUGUAUAUAGAUGGUGCAAGGGGACGAAAUUAUGGAUCUUGUUGCAAAAAUUGAUUUCAUACUGUAUUUCCACCUUUUGUAGGAAAUAAGCAAGGUCUAUUUUGUCAGAUGUAUGCAGUAAAUUAAAUAAAAAUUUCUUUCUAAAA